CUCAAAGCUAGCUUCUACAAUAUCAAACAAUGGCAGCGCCUGUGGCCUUCUCUAACCUAUGUCUUCACUCCCACCCCAAACACACUCCUUCAUCUUUCACUUUGCAUACUGCUCGCUUCACCACUCUUCCUUUCAAACAAACCACUACUUGCAGCACCCCAAGCUUGUGGUCUUAUAGGACCGCCAUCAUUCCCCAAGCAUCAUCCGCCGCAAUCCUAGAGGACACCGUUCCAACUCCGAAAGUUAUUAUUGACCAAGACUCCGAUCCUGAUGCAACUGUCGUCGAGAUAACAUUUGGUGAUCGUCUUGGUGCUCUUCUAGAUACUAUGAACGCGCUUAAAAACCUUGGCCUCAAUGUUACCAAGGCUAAUGUCUAUUUGGAUUCGUCUGGGAAGCACAACAAAUUUUCCAUCACUAGAGCUGAUACAGGUAGAAAAGUUGAAGAUCCAGAGCUUCUUGAGGCUAUUCGAUUGACGAUCAUAAACAAUCUGCUUGAGUAUCACCCUGAAUCAAGUUCCCAGUUAGCAAUGGGAGUUGCCUUCGGUGUGGAGCCACCCAAGCAACUCGUUGAUGUGGAUAUAGCAACUCACAUAACUGUCUAUGAUGACAGUCCUGCUCGCAGCUUGCUUUAUGUGGAGACAGUCGAUUACCCUGGAUUAUUGGUUGAUCUCGUAAAGAAUAUUACUGACAUUAAUGUAGAUGUUGAGUCAGGAGAAUUUGAUACCGAGGGAUUGUUGGCAAAGGCAAAGUUUCAUGUUAGCUACAAGGGUAAAGCCACCAUCAAGCCUCUUCAACAGGUUCUUGCUAAUAGUUUGCGGUAUUUCCUAAGACGGCCAACCACCGAGGACGCAAGUUUUUGAGCCAAAUGGUGGAUACAUUUUCUCAUGUGCACCACAAAUGAUUCAAAGAUGGAAUGUAUUUGACUUCAAGUAUUACAUAUUUGUUAAGCUUCGACAAAAACAUUACAUUGCCAAGCAAUUAGAGCAACGAAUCUUGUUACCCCUGAAUUCACUAGUCAUCGCCUUUUCUAAUCUACGUAAGCUAGAUAUGAACUACAUUGUGAAACUCCUUCCUUAUAUGUUAAAUGUAUUUACCUGGAGUUUUAGUUUGAA